AUGGAAGGAGAAAGAAGGAAGAGGAAAAUGGAGAGGGAAGAAGAAAGUGAGGAGGAGCAGAUGCAGAAGUUCUUUGCUAUGAUUAAGAGCACCAAAGAUGCACGGGAUCGGUUGUGUAGAGAGAAGGAAGAAGAGAAGGCAAAGCGUGUUUGGAAACCAAGUUUUAAAGUAGAAGAUUUCAUGAAUGAUGAAGAGUUGGCCAAGAUCAAUACUUUGCAUCGUUAUCAACCUGCACCAGGUCCUUCGGGGAAAGAGACUGAGGAAGAGACUACACACAAACAAUCACCAGAAGAAGCAACCACAGAGCCACAGACACAGCCUGAAAAACCAACCCAUGAUUUAGACCUAACUCUUUCUUUAUAA